UUCAAACGUCCUUGAAGAGAGGAUCUGUAGCAGAUAGCACGAUACAUAUUUGAAAGACCGCCGAAAUUCAAAUUCUGAGACCAUCUACGUUUGCUAAGAAGGAAACCUUUUCGAUGUGUACUAAAAUGAAUGAAAUGUCACUUUUGUCGAGAGGAAAAAGCAGCCCAUCUGAAGUUUCUAGAUUUAUUGUUUAUGUCUGCAUCGAAUUCACGGUUCAGAACUAAAUUCAAGUAUUUUACGAAGAUAAAAAUAACAUUUUUGUUGUCAAACUAUUUACACUUUCGCCAUGGUUGACUACAGCAAGUGGAAGAACAUUGAGAUAUCCGAUGACGAAGACGAGACCCAUCCAAAUAUUGACACACCCUCACUAUUUCGAUGGAGACACCAGGCCAGAACGGAACGAAUGGAAGAAAUGGACCGUGAAAAGCGGGCAUUAGAAGAGGAGAAAAAGAAGGUGUCAACGGCAUUGAAGGAAGUUCGCGAAAAGGUGGAAAAGAAAGAGGGGAACUUGACGGAACUGCAGAAGUCGUUGGGCGAACUUGAGUCCAAAUCGAAAACAUUGAGUUUGAACGAAGAACAGCUCAAAAACAAAGAGAAACUGGCACCGUGGAAUGUCGAUACAAUCAGUAAGCCCGGUUUCGCUAAAACGGUGAUUAACAAAAAGCCGGAAAAGGAAAACUACGACAACUUAACGGAAGAAGAAAAAUCGGAAAAGAUGAAAAAGUUUGUGGAGACGAAUGAGAAGUUGCUAAAGCAGUAUGGCAUGUUACGGAAAUUCGAAGAUUCAAAACGAUUUCUGUCGAAUAACAGUCAAUUAGUUUGCGAAGACACGGCUAACUAUUUGGUGAUUUGGUGUCUGAACUUGGAAAUGGAAGGAAAAACUGAACUAAUGGGCCACGUAGCACAUCAAUGUAUUUGCAUGCAAUUUAUCUUAGAAUCUGCCAAACAAUUGGAUAUUGAUCCACGUGCAUGCGUUAGCACAUUUUUCUCCAGAAUUCAAGUGGCCGAGGCUGAAUAUAAAGUCCAGUUCGACAAUGAAGUGGUUGCGUUUAAGGAUAGAAUUAAGGCGAGAGCCGUGGUAAAAUUGGAAGAAGCAGCCGCUGAGGCUGAGGAGGAAGAGAGACUAGCACGACUUGGACCUGGCGGCUUAGACCCGGCCGAAGUAUUCGAAACAUUACCGGAGGAACUCCAAAAAUGUUUCGAAAGUCGUGACAUAGCCAUGCUUCAAGAAGCAAUAACUAAACUUCCAGAAGAUCAAGCCAAAUAUCACAUGAAACGUUGUGUCGAUUCCGGAUUAUGGGUGCCAGAAGCUAAUGCUAACAAAAGUAGUGGCGAUAAGUCUGACGAUGAUGACGAUAUUUAUGAGGAAGCCAUCGAUAGUGAGAAUCCAUCGGCACCAGCAUCCGAUGCAAAGUAGAAUGGUAUCGUGUCUGCAGCAGUCCAAUGUCAUUUUUAAUCGAUUUUUGUAUAAUUUCAAGUAUCUGCUUUUCAAAAUAUACGUUUUAAGAGCGA